AUGCCGAUUGCGUCCAUAGCUAGUGUCUUGGCUGGCCGAAACGACGACACCCGUGCCCCAGACAGACAGAAUACACGGCUAUAUACCUCAAAAGGCCCAAGUCGUGAAGACAUUUUUCAAAAGAACUUCGGGACCUGCUGGUUUACCGCUGUCACACGCGUGUCACAAGAUGCCAUCAAGAAGCGGAUCAUAGCCUACGAAGCUCUGAAGAAGCGGGCGGACGCUCCAUACGCAGGGGACGGCUUCAUCAAAAAGGCUACAUACAGGAUCACGCGCCCCGCUUCCAUCGGGGGAUAUUCGGACGUGGAUAUCGCCUCGGCCGAUGUCUUGAAGCUGUCAGACUCCCAGACGAGCUCUUACAAACCUGGAGGAUGGUGGGUCGCGGGGUUCGAGCAAGCGGCGUUAUUGAGAGGCUUUCCGGAACCACUGCAGGAGUUCCCUAAAACAAAUCGCGACGCAGAAGAUGCGCUGUGGAUGCUUACGGGUAAUAAGACAGACAGCUUUUGGAACGCGUGGGGCGCAAGGAUUAUGAUUUCGCAUCACUGGCCUGUAUGGCAAGCGUUCCUGAAGUGCGACAAGUCUCCUGUAACAUUCGGUACAAAACAAACCCUGCCGGAGGGUCACGUCCUGAGGUGGGCGGAUCACGAAUACGCGGUCAUGGCCACGGGUGUGGAGAAUGGCAUCAAAAUGUACGCAUAA